CCUUUUCCUCCGACCUGAACUCUCAUGGAGAAAUACGCAGCGACCCCAAUCCUUGUUAAGCCCUUUUACGAGGCUCCCAUACGUCUACCGUUUCAUAAAGUGCCAGACGACUGUAGCGGAUGCCCGCUAUAUGAGCGCUUCGAGGCACUCUUCCCGGAGGUCCUACAUCUCAGGGAAUUGCGCGGCGACACACUCACGUUAACACUCGCGGCUGUAACAGGGUAUCUGACGCACAUGCAGCCGCGGCGUCCGACCAGGCUUGCUCUUACCGACGCUGAUCAAUGCGCCGACUCUCUUACGGUACAGGCCUUUGAGACGUGGAAAGCAUAUCUCCUCCUCGCAGACACCAUCCUCGAGGCCAUGUUCUCGGAGUCGAACCAACUCGAGCUCAUGGUGGCCUUAAUUGGCACUCGAUCGCGCAUCGCACUGUAUCACAUCGAAAACCUACUGCGCGCCAUGCGCAUCGCUCUCGACGCCGUCGAUGCGCUGGAGCAGGUAGCGGUGAAGCAGUAUACCGAGAGCCGCCUUGACAAGAUUAUCAACGCCGUCCUCGACUCCCUCAAUCUCCGCCUACCUCAUGAGAAGUACAGGAAAACAGCAAUUGGCAUCGUUGCGGCCCACCUGCAAGUCGUGCACACAUAUCUCAGCGACUGCAUAGUCCAUACAUCGCAGGCGAGGUCCUCUUUAGAAGGCAUGGCGGAGCGCUUUUCGCUCCAGAAAAUUGUCGAAAUGCGAGGAGGUCUCCCAGAAGAGCCCACUCUGGCAGUCCUCUGCGCGCAGGCAGCAUCAUCCGAAGCCCUGCGAGAGGCUCAGCAUUGGCGACGCCAGGUCCAGAUCGCGCUGAUGUCGCAGGAACCCCUCUGAGAAACUUUGUAUACACAUGCUCAAUCGUUGUUUAUGAUCUACUUAUUCGGACUCAUCGCAGGAGGGCUGAAUUUCAG